AUGGCGAGCUGCGCAGAACAAUCCCCUACUCUAGACAUUGCUCGAGGCGGAUUUCGUGAAUCGCAUAUCAAAUCAGCGUAUGAUACUGUAGACUUCACGCCUCCGCUUUCAACACUCAAUGACAAACGCUCCUUUCGAAAACAUCGUCGAGAAUUUCUUGAAGAGAGUUUUCAACAACUACGUGACGAGACACAUUCUGUUUUGCUUUCCUCUUGCCGCCCUAAUCUGAUUAUUGACCCGAUACUCUGGUUACCCAUGACACACAGUGAGCGUAGUCGAACUAUUCGAUGGCGUCUUGGUUGGUUACCCGGAGGAAUACCUAAAGCCUGUCCAUAUCAUCCUCAUGUACACUUUAGUCGGUCACACGCCACUGAAUGCUUGCACAUGCACACUCGUUUAUUCUUGCCACAAUCAAUUGCAGAUCCCCUUUCCUUUCUUUUAAAUCAUCUCCCUCAGCAUAAGCACCGAAAUUCUCAGGAUGUUUCUGCUUGGUUCUAUCGCUGGCCAGUUAUGUAUUGUUCCUAUAUUUGGCAAGUGCUUCAACCUCAUCUCUGUCCGGCUUUGCUUGGAGUUCUCAAAAAUCUCUUUGAUCAGGUUCAAAUUGAAGUUCUUCUUGAUAAUCAUAUAUCGUAUCGUUUUUCUCCUAUCACUGGCGUCUUACAAGGUUACUUCUUAGGUUAUCGGUGGAACCCAUUAAAAUGUGUCAUAGUCGCUCCUACCAAUGAUCUUCAACCACAUCAAUUAUAUGAUACUGCUAUUCCCAAAGAAUUCUCCUUUUCCUAUCUUGGUGUUCCUAUAAAACCUGGUGGUCUACUUGACUAUGCUGUUUUAAUCCAACAUAAUAUCAAUAAAGCCUCUCUCACUAUGAAUCAACUUGCUGCUAUUGGCCUCAACUCCAAAGGUUUUCCACCUCUGCUUGCACGUCGUUUUUAUAGUCAAAUGGUUCGUUCUCAAUUAGAUUAUGGUCUUGCAAUCAGUCUUCUCUCUGCUAAACUUACCAAAAACUGGAUGUCUUUCAAAAUUCAUGCAUUCGAUGUAUCUUUGAUGGUCACUUGCGGUCCUUGGCAAAAGUCAUAUUUCAUCUUGUCAACCUCCCAUCCAUGA